AUGCUACACGACUUAUUAUUUUCUUUGUUAGGUAAACCAGGGUCAUUUGUCAAAUAAUUUGAUAACUCACCUUUUUAUAUUGAUGAAUCUUUGAAUCUUUUUUCAAAACCUGAAAUAGUUCAAUUGAAUCAAAUAGUGAAUUUAGGAUAUCAUUAUUAGCAAAUAGAUAAUUUCUUAUAAAAUCAAGAUGAGAAAAGCAGCUACAUUAAAGUAAAACAACAAUUAAAUAUUAUAGGCUUUGGUAUAUGGAAUAGACAAUAGUUUGAAUGAUUAUAGAUAAACAAUAUUGACUUUGGAAUAAGAGUAUUUGAAUGAAAAAAUGUUCAUAGUAUCCUAAUUAAAUGUAAGAUUACAAGCAUAUUAUUAAAUUUUAUUGAAUUUGCAUACAUCCAUUAACAUAAUACAGUAACACAAUAUGCGCGGGGGAUAAAUACUAGAUUAUCUUUAUGAAAGAACUUUGACAGGUAAUGAUAGACUUUAAUAAAUUUACUAAAAUAUUUUAUCAGCAUGUUAUGAAGUGUUAUUUUAAUAAUUAUCUUCUUGGUUGUAGUAUGGUUAAAUUUUAGACACUUCAGAUGAAUUUUUUAUUUAAAGAAUAGAUGAAAAAAAGAAAACUGAUUAACAUGAAUACAAUUGGGAUACAUCAUUUACAUUAAAUAUUUAGAUGUUACCAUUACAUUUUAUUACUUUAUAGAUGGCUGAUAAAAUAUUAUUUAUAGGAAAAGCGGUAAAAGUUUUGAAAGGAUAAUAAGAAUUGUUCAUUAAUGAACAUUAAUAAUUAAUAAAAGAAAUUGAAGUUUAUGAUUCAUUUACAUUUAAUAGAAUUAUUGAUUAAUUAUAGAAAUAAGUGGGAGAAUAAUUAGUUUAAGUAAUUGUUAAUAAAUAAGAAUUAUUUAUUCAUUUAAAAAACUUUUAUUUAUUUAUACUACUUAAUAAUGGUAAUUUUAUAUAAUAAUUUUUAUCUGAUUGUUAAUCAAUCUUAUAAUUACCUUAAACAUAAUAAGCUUUAUAAGAAUUAAAUUUUAAUCUUCAUAAAAUGGAUUAUGAUUAAACAGAGAAAAUGGAAAUGUUUAUAUAUAAUAAUGGAUUUGAAUAUAAGACAUUCUAAUCAUUAAAUAAUUUAUAGAUUAAAAAUAAUGUGAUUUAGACAAUUAAUAUUUUGAGAAUGGGACCUGCUAGAGGUCCUGAAGAUUGGAGUGGUGUUUUUAGAGAUGUUAAAUAAUCAAUUGAAAAUGGAUUUACAUUGUAAAUAGUCUUUAAAUUUAAAUAAUAAUUAUAAAAACCAUUGGGAGGAUAUUCUAUUUUAUAAGUUCCAUAAGAUUUAAGUACAAGUUUAGUAUUGUUAUUUUGUUAAGAUGAAGAAAAUGGAGUAUUUAUUAGAUUAAAAUUGGAUUAAUAGAAAGUAUCUUCAUUAUCAGUUGAAUCUAAAAUAAAAUUUAAAGAAGAAAUAAUUUAUAAAUGGAAAUUGGAUAAAAUAGAUUUUUCAGAAGGAGAUUUACAUAGUUUAAAAAUAAAUUAUUAAAAUGAUGAAUUAUCAUUAAUUAUAGAUGAUACUUAAAGUGAUACUUAAUGUAAAACUGAUAUAUUACCACCUUCUUAAUGGAAAAAAGUAGCUUUUAAAUUUUAAAAAUAUUUUUAAUUGGAAUUAGGUAGAUGUAUGGUAGGUAUUAAAUAAUAUGGUUAAAUUGUUGAUUUGUAUACAUGGAAAAUGAUAGGUAGUAAUUUUUUAAAUGAUGCUUCUUGGAGUGGUCUUACAUUAAAAUAUUAAGUAGAAUAUCCAUUAUCUUUACUUAUUACACCUUCUUUAUAAGAAAAAUUCUAAUUAUUCUUUAGGUAUUUAUUUCCUAUUCGACAUGCUUAAUUUGAAUUAUAAUAAGUAUGGAUUAAAUUAACAAAAAAAUUUAAGAAAAAAGAUUGUAAAUAUAUAUUAGGAAUGCAUACAUAAUUAAUGCAUGUUGUUAAUGCAUUUUAUCAUUAUUUUUAAAUGGAUAUCAUAGCUGUCUAAUGGUCUAAAAUGAUAUCAAGAAUGUAAAAUGAAAUCAACUUUGAAUUAAUGAGAAAAAUAAUGGAUGAAUUUGAAUAAUCAGUUUCUAAUUAAUUAUUUUUAAAUUUAUAAUAGAUUGUCAAAAACAUUUUUCAAAUAAUUAAAUUUGUACAUAAAUACAUUGAAUUAGUUAAUAGAAUUGAAAUGUAACAUCAUUCUUUAAUAAAUAAAGAAUGUUAUAAACUUAUGGUAGAAUUUGAUACUUAAUUUAUUGCUCUAUUUAAUUUGAUUUAGUUAUUGACAAAAAGUACAAAUUAAACUGCAUUAUUUUAAUUGUUAACAAGGCUUGAUUAUAAUUCCUAUUUUGAUAAUAAAACCAAUGAAAAAUUAUGA